CUAUUGAAAUAUUUGAAGAAACUUUCCACCUUACCUAUUACAGUAGACAUUCUUGCGGAGACUGGGGUCGGGAAGACAGUGAAUAGCUUUCGAAAGCACGAGCAGGUUGGGGACUUCGCCAGGGGCCUGGUGGCCCAGUGGAAGAAGCUGGUGCCUGUCGAGCGAAACAAUGAGGCUGAGGAACAGGACUUCGAGAGGAGCAAUUCGAGAAAGCGCCCUCGGGAAGGUCUUCAGAGGGAGGAGGAGAUGGAAGGGGACUACCAGGAAAACUGGAAAGCUUCCGGCAGCCGGUCCUAUAGCCCUGAGCACAAGCAGAAGAAACACAAAAAGCUCCCAGAGCUGGAAAGACCUCACAAAGUGUCUCACAGUCACGAGAGGAGGGAGGAGAGAAAGAGGUGUCUCCGAGUGUCGCCUGCGUACUCUUCAGACCCCGAGUCUUCUGACUAUGGCCAUGUCCAGUCGCCGCUGUCCUCCGGCAGCCCUCACCAGAUGUACAUGGACCGUUACAGGCCCCCAGAGGAGGACCAUGAGCCCACUGCCCCACAUCACAAACCUGGGAAAGGCCAUAGUAAUGCCUUCCAGGACAGACUGGGGGUCAGCCAAGAGCGACACCUCGGUGAACCCCAGGGGAAAGGGACUGGGAACCCAAACAAGGAGCACAGGUCUUCCCACAAGGAGAAACGCUCCAGGGAAGCCAAGAGUGAGGAGAAGUCCUCUCUGGGCAGAGAAAAACCGCACAAGUCCGUCUCCAGAGAGGAGAACCGAAGGCCGCUCUCGGGGGACAGCACCAAGGAGAAGCUGCCCUCUAGUGCUGCCAAAAAAGAGAAGGAAAGAGAAGGCAGCAGCCUCAAAAAGAAGUGUUCACCCUCCGUGGAGGUUGCUUUAGACAACCACCUUAAGAAGUCAAAGCACAAGGACUCCGAGAAAACCAAGUCAGAGAAAAGCAGGCAAAAUGCAGAUGGCUUAGACCUGGGGAAAGGGGUAGGAGACCCGGCCAAAACACGAGAGAAGGUUUCUAACAACCUCAAGGCUCAAGAAGGGAAAGUAAAAACCUCUCAUUCAGAUCGGAAGUCACCUGGCUCACUCCCUAAAGUAGAGGAGACAGACAUGGACGAUGAAUUUGAGCAGCCCACCAUGUCGUUCGAGUCGUACCUCAGCUACGACCAGCCCCGCAAGAAAAAGAAGAAGGUUGUGAAAACUUCAGCCACAGCGCCUGGGGAGAAAGGACUUAAAAAAAGCAGUUCUAAAAGCACUAGUAAAAACUUGGACUCAGUUCAGAAAUUGCCCAAGGUGAAUGAAAACAAAUCUGAGAAGCCACAGCCAACUGGAGCCGAUUCCACCAGGCUGAGAAAGGUCCCCACCGAAGCGUUGCCAGUGUUGCCAGACCUCCCGUUAUCCACCAUCCAAGCCAAUUACCGCCCACUUCCUUCCCUUGAAUUCAUGCCUUCCUCCCAGCCAAAGCGAAAAGCAUUCUCUUCGCUCCAGGAAGAAGAAGCAGCUGGAUUCACUGGGCGCAGAAUGAACUCCAAGAUGCAAGUGUACUCCGGUUCCAAGUGUGCCUACCUCCCCAGAAUGAUGACUUUGCACCAGCAGUGCAUCCGCGUGCUCAAAAACAACAUCGAUUCCAUCUAUGAAGUGGGAGGAGUCCCGUACUCUGUUCUUGAACCCGUUCUGGAGAGGUGUACGCCUGAGCAGCUGUAUCGCAUAGAGGAAUACAAUCAUGUUUUAAUUGAAGAAACAGAUCAAUUAUGGAAAGUGCAUUGUCACCGAGACUUUAAGGAAGAAAGACCGGAAGAGUAUGAGUCAUGGCGGGAGAUGUACCUGCGGCUUCAGGAUGCCCGAGAGCAGCGGCUGCGAGUCUUAACAAAGAACAUCCGAUCUGCACAUGCCAAUAAGCCCAAAGGCCGGCAAGCAAAGAUGGCCUUUGUCAACUCUGUGGCCAAGCCACCUCGUGACGUCCGGCGGAGGCAGGAGAAGUUCGGAACAGGAGGAGUAGCUGUCCAUGAGAAAGUCAAGAUUAAGCCAGCCCCGUACACCACAGGAAGCAGCCAUGUUCCUGCCAGCAGCAACAGCUUUAACUCCAGCCUGGAGGAGCCGGCCUACGAUGGCCCCAGUACCAGCAGUGCCCACUUGGCACCGGUGGUCAGCAGUACUGUUUGCUAUGAUCCUAGGAAACCGGCUGUGAAGAAAAUUGCCCCGAUGAUGGCCAAGACAAUUAAAGCCUUCAAGAAUAGAUUCUCCAGGCGGUAAACGGAGGACUUGACCUGGAGAUGGAAUUUGGGAGACAGGAAUACAGGGACAGUGGGGCUGGGGAGUGAGCCUUCCGGAGGAGCCCGGAAUCUUUCGCUUUGUGCAAGCUUUUGGCCUCUGAGUCCUGCAUAUUUGCAGGCGUUGGCCCCGUGUGCCACAGCCCCGCACCCUGCCUGGAGCACACUUCAGAAUUCUGAAGACGAUGUGAAACCUCAGUCUCACUGAGGAUUUUAAGGUCAAUUAUACUUUUGUUGCUAAUUAGAACCUUUGUAAACUAUAAGACAUAGUUUUAAUUAAUAAAUAUUGCCCCCAGAUUGUAUUUAUAUUCCCCGCCCCCAGGGUUUUGCGGGGGGCUUGUUGUUUCGUCCUUUACCACACAUUUAGCCUUUUCUUUUCAGGGUCCUUUAUUAAAGUUAGAUGGAAGCCAGUCCCCAUCCCAGGCUGCUCUCCAGAGCGCACUCCGGUCCAGAGGGAGGACCAGGCAGCCCUGCAGCUUGCUGCACAUAGGGCCACAGCUGAGUGUCAGGCCUGUGCUCGGGGAGCCUGGCCUGGAGACAGCAGUGUUUGGGGCUUCUUGCCCUGAGCCCCUCGGUGUUGCUCCAGGUUCUGUACAGGCGCCCCUUUCUGCCCACUUGGUUGUAUUUAUUAAGGGAGGCUCUUCAUAAAGCCUGGAGUCCUCCCCCCAUCUUCUUUGUAAGUCCUGGUUUAUUUUAAAUAAGGCUCACUAGAGGACACAGAACCUUGAGAGAUUAAUUUGCACAGAAUCAGCAAUUUUAUAAUUUUGUUUCUGAUUCAAAUUUUAGGUGAUCUUCCCUCCAUUCCCUGUACCCCAGCACAGGAGACAAAACAAAACAAAACCACAGACAUGGCAGGGUUUUUCAUAAAUCCUUGAACAUGGCUUUGGACUUCUAAAAGCCAGCACUUUAAUCUUGCUCCCUGUGAAUUGCCAUUAGACGUGAGUGGUUUUUAAGGUUGCGGUGCUCUGUUGGAAAUUGCUUUUGUUUUUGCCUGUUCUUUGAAAGGUAAGAUCAUGUGACUAGAAGAGCACAACAGUUUGCUGUGUCUGGCAGAGAACUCUGCAGCUCGAGCCCCCCAUCUUUAGUGCUUAAGCCAGGACUGGAGGAAAGAGCCGCAUAGGAAACUGUCCUGAGCUACCUCGUUGGGUUGGGGGAGCCGCAGGGGCAUCCUUUGGGUUUGGGAGGGAGGCCCUUGCUUUCCACUUGACGUAGAGGCAAGAUCAGAAGUAGGAGGAGUGUCCACUCCUUCCUGGCUAUCAAAGAACAUGGACCUAGUAGGAACCACCUGGUGGUGACCCAAGGGGACACAUGCUAGGAGUAUGAGAUGUGCAACUUUAGAAACCUAUAGACAGACUCGAGGGCAUAGAUGGCUGGCACGGUAGCGUGCUGAGCUUGGCUAGCAGUGCCCUCCACAAGCUCUCUCAAGGCCUAAAAUUUGGAGCUCACCAUUUUCACCAUCCCGAGACCUUGGCUAGGCUGACCUUGCAGAUCCCGGGGCACCGCAGGCUCCGCGCUCCUCAGUGUGUGCUGCUGUGCGGGGUGCCUGCUGCAGUGGGACAAGUACUGCUGGGUUUUAAUGUGCUGUAGUUUUGAAGUGGGUCAUGCACUCUUUCUCUUGGUGUGGUUUGUUUUACCCCAUCCCGUAGCCCAGUCCCCGGGUCUAAUAUUAGAAAACCUCUUCCCUGAAACUAAAUGAACAUUUGGACCAGGUGCCAGGCACCUGCUGCCUGGAAUAGCUUCCUCUAGGUGUCUGUCACCUUGAACUUGUCUCCCAGCUAUGUCUCCUGUUCUUUGCCACUGAAGCAGUUUUUCCUGUGUCAGCUUCAGUUGUGUAUGAUUUAAAUCCCUUUACUAUCCCUUUAAGUGGGAAAGGAGGAAAGGACACAGAUUUGUCCAUGUCAGCAACAGUAUCCACUUCUGACACACAAAGAUUCCUGAUGAACGCUGUUAGCAGAGAGCCAGCUCUUCCUGUCUCUUCUGGGUGUCUGCGUCAGGGAUGCGGCCUGGUGAGAAGAUCGGGGCUGAGCACCGAGCCGCGGGCAGCACCUCACCGGCGCAGCGGAGUGGCCGCAGAGCGGCGCAGACGGCGUGGAGCCUUUGGUCUCCUUGGUGAAGCCUUGUGCAAUCUUUUCUGUACUACACUACACACGAAUCACCAAAUUACAGACGAGCCCUUUGUGAUCCUCGGCGUGAUGAGCCGGUUCUUUGGGGCUUUUCUUUCUUUCUUGGAGGCGGGAGGGGAAGGAGCAAGGUGUUGUCCUGCUCUUCAUUUGUAUUUUGGUCCCAAAAUGUAAAUACAAUUUUCUAUGUUACUUUUUUGUGGUAACUACCAAGAUGAAUAUUUUAAUUAGAUAAGUUAUACAAAAACAAAAAUCCCAUGUCUAAAUAAAAAAAAAAAACAAAAACAA